GGUGGGCCCCGCCCUGGCUGCCCCUGAGGCGGGCUCUUCUAGAAGGCGGGCCCUGCAGGCUCCGGCUAGGCGCGGAGGGCCAGGGCUGCCGGGGAAGCCCCAGGGCCCCGAGGCCAGGCACGGGCCUGCUCAGAAGGCCAUGGAGCCGCGGCCCCCGGGCUGCGUGGCAGGGGCUGCGGCUGCCCUCCUGCUCCUGCUGUGGUGUGCCCAGGGCCAGGCCAGCACCCCCGGGCCCCCGUGUGACUGUCCCAGUGGCCCCCAGAGGAGGUAUAGCCCACUGUGUUGCCGAGGCUGCCCCGUCGGACACUACAUGAAGGCGCCGUGCACAGAGCCCUGUGGGGACGCCACCUGCCUCCCGUGCCCCCCGGGCACCUUCCUGGCCACGGGUGAUCACGCUAAGACGCGCUGCACGCGCUGCCAGUCCUGCGAUGAGGAGGCCUCCCAGGUGGCCCUGAAGAACUGCUCCGCCGCGGCCGACACCCAGUGCGGCUGUGAGCCGGGCUGGUUUAGGGACUGCUCGGCCAAGCCCUGCUGGGAAAGUUCACCCUUCCACUGCCUCCCGUGCACAGACUGCGAGGCCUUGCACCGCCACGUGCAGCUGCCCUGUUCUAGCGGAGACACGGAAUGCGGCCCCUGUCUGCCUGGCUUCUAUGAGCGUGGCGAGCAUGGCGAUGGCUGCCUGUCCUGCCCCACGAGCUUCUUCAGGAGCUGCCCGGAGCACUGUGCUGCUGUCUGUGGCUGGAGGCAGAUGCUCUGGAUCCAGGUGCUUGUGGCUUGCCUGGUGCUUCCACUCCUGCCUGGAGCCGUCCUGAUCUACAGGCAUCACUACUGCCAGCCUCCUAAGCCUGUGGCGUCCGCAGAGCCUGCUGGGACGGAGGCCCUGACCUCACCCCAGGACACCCGACUCUCACCCUCGGACAGCGCCUGCACACUCCUGGUACCCCCUGGGGACAGCAGGAGGGCCUGUACUGACCUGCUGGUAGCAAACAGCUGCUGGAUCCCUGGCUUCCCCCAGACCCAGGAUGCUGCUGGCCCGCAGGUGCCACAGCCCCUGGAUCACCGGCCCCGCAGGGCUCUUGGCGCUCCCGCACCGGAACCAGCGCCCCCUGCAGGCUCGCCGUUGGCCUUGCUGCAGCCGGGGCCGCAGCUGUACGACGUGGUGGACGCGGUGCCCGCGCGGCGCUGGAAGGAGUUCGUGCGCACGCUGGGGCUGCGCGAGGCGGAGAUCGAGGCGGUGGAGGUGGAGAUCUGCCGGUUCCGGGACCAGCAGUACGAGAUGCUCAAGCGCUGGCGCCAGCAGCAGCCCGCGGUGCUGGGCGCCAUCUACGCGGCCCUGGAGCGCAUGGGGCUGGGCGGCUGCGCCGAGGACCUGCGCGCCCGCCUGCAGCGCGGCUGGGACCCGCCCGCGGCCGCGCCCCGGUGACCUCGCCGGGCCCCGGGGACGGCUGCUUAGGCCCGGGGCUUGGGCCGGGGCCCUGGUAUUAAAUCUCUGA